AUGUCCACAUCAGACGAUUCAGAAUCAGACUCGUCGAAUGCCGAUCAACGAAACAGUACAAGCAGUAGUGGUGGUCCAGGCAGCCAGAAGAGUGCUACCAGCUCAGAAGAAGCUACCAAUCAGAGCACCACUCAAGAACAGCACUUGCAGACGCCAAAAACUCCGCCACUUCUAAUACCAAACUCGAACUCGAAAGAUCAAGACGAAGGUGAACGAUCAGUCUCAAAUGGUAUGUGUAGUGAGGAUGAUGAGGACGAUAACGACACUCAACAACAACCACAACAUGAAGAAGAAACAGCGGCAGAGGAUAAGCAACGACAAAACAAAGGUGCAAAUGAAGAUGUCGAAAUGGACGUUGGCGAGGCGAAUAGUAGUGGCGUGGAGGAUGACGACGACGGGACGAGUAAAGAGGAGGCGAAUGACUCGCCGAAAUCGCAGUCGAUGUCCGGAGAUGACUCGAAGGAAGAGGGUACGGAUUCGAACGAUUCUGGAGAGAAGAGUGAGUUAUGNGUAUCAUUGGUGAUUACUUUUUGA